AUGUGCACCAACAAAAGUUCCAGAGAAUGAUUGCUUUCAGUUGAAGGCUAUCUAAUGAUUCAGUUAGUUUUGGCAAAACCUCCGGCAAAAUAUUUACUGGAUGGCUUGGUGCACAACUGCGGAGAUUAUGCCUGGUUUCAGUUUGGUGGAGUACAGUUUUAUCUUGCAGACUAAUGGCAGAGCCAAAUAUAUGUGUGGAGUAUGAUCUGAUGUCAAAUACAAUGCUGUGUUCCAUUCAAAUUGGGCAAAGUUAGAUUUGAACCCGACUCCAAGUGACUUGAAUGCAAUGUGAUCAGAAUUUGACUGGGAGGAAAAAAUUGGAGUGAAGUACAAGUCUGGAUUUAUAUGGACAAAAAUGUUUGAAAGCUGAACUUGGGCAGCUUUACUGCCCUUUGAUGGAUUUAUAUGGACAAAAGCACAUCCCAGUCAUCACAGGUGGAAAAGCUGCCCAUUAAGCUGAGGUGUUUUGUUGGUCAUGGAAGCUCCUAGAUCAGAACAUGAAGAGGAAGACAUAACAACACAUUUCAUGCUUAGAAUAGCCACAGACUUCUGCAGCCAGGAUGUGGAGGAUAUCAGAUGUGCCUUGGAGCGCUGCAGACCCCGGCUGGAGGGCUGGGCGGCGGCGCGGCGGCUGCUGAGCGCCCAGACGCUCUGCGGCCGCUGCUGCAUGCCAUGGUGGUUCGGCCGGUACCGCGCCGAGCUGCGGCCGAGGCCGGACGCCACCAAGCCGCUGCGCCGCCUGCUAAACAAGCGCCGCCAAGGCCGGCCACUGGGCCGCCUGCAGACCCGCCUGCUGGACCGCUUCCUGGCCGCGCGCGACUGCCUGAUUCUCGAGUGCAAGCUGUGCAGUUACGUGACGCGCCUGCCGCUGCGGGCACGGCCGGAGCGCGCGCCAGUCGAUUCACCGAAGCUGGAGCACGCGCAGCGGCGUCUGCAGAAGAUGCUCUCGCAGUCAGACAAGAGAACGUCGGACACGGGCCUCAUGGCGUUCCUCUCGCAGGUCUGA